UUAUCCGCGCAUUUCCUCAACUACACUAGUGUGUCAUCAGCUCUCCGUCGGAACAAGGUCAAGAUGUUCGCCUUUACCUGGUUUUCACCGAGCACCUGGACUUUACUGGCUCUGUUUGUCACCCUGCUGUUACUGUAUAGCAUUUGGCCAUACAGGUUUUUCAGAAAGCUGGGUAUACCCGGACCAAGACCUCUGCCUUUUGUCGGAACAAUGCUGAACAUGAGAAAGGGGUUGAUUCCUUUCGACCGUGAGUGCAUGGCCAAGUAUGGAGAUGUCUGGGGGUUGUACGAGGGACGAUCACCAUUUUUGAUGGUGUCUGACCCUGAGAUCAUCAAAACGGUGAUGGUGAAGGAGUGCUACUCUGUGUUUACCAACCGCAGGGAAAAUACCGUGGGUGGACCUUUGGCUGAUGCAAUUACAGCCGUGAAGGAUGAAAGGUGGAAGAGAAUACGGAGCACUUUAUCACCGUGUUUCACCAGUGGACGACUGAAACAGGUCGGUUUCAAGCUCACAAACCACCUCAGCAGUCUGCUUCCUUUGACCUAGUGCAGCGAUACAAAUGCCUUUAUGUAUGUCUGCAGUAUAUUGCUAAAUGUACCGUAAAACUUCAAUUAGUUGCCUGGGCUAGUAUUUGCUUAAAUCAAUUAACUCAACUGGUGCAUAUUUGGGACAGGCCUUUAAAUCCUUUCACACACAACUGUUCCUCAGCACAGAUGGCAAAUUCAAUCGAUUUAAACCAACGUGAGUAUUACGUUCCGACAGCUUCAGAGGAAGGAGUCACCACUUUAUUUUUUCAUCUCUCUUUUACCAGGCCAGUAAAUCUGAAUGAAUUACGGUAUUACGGAAUUUCUCUUAAACCCCAUUUCCACCAAACACUUUCAGUAUGGUACCUUUGGAACCAACAGUAACCCUUCAGACAUGGUACCUAGACCCUAGUGUUUCCACUGCAAACAGUACUCUUAAAUGUGGGCGGGGUUGUUGUCACUCACUGCUCCGUCCAGCGCUCACUGUAUUUACUCCUUUAUCAGUCUGCACCUUGUUUAUCGUCCACAGAACGAGGCUGCACGCUGACAUUUU